UUUCUUGCAUAAGCAUAUAUAGAAUAAUAUUACAUACGUAUUUUUGUCCAGAGAACACAAGAUCUUGUGCUUUUGUUCACCUAGUCCUCAUCAGGGGAUGGGAAGAUCUAGUGGUAGCGUUGUUAGAGAGUUGUUUUGUUCUUGAUCUGAUGGAGAGUCCAUAUCAUGCCGGUGCAGGUGCACCCGCUUCACACAGUGCGGGUUCUCGGCCUUUGCUAGGGUUUCCCUUGGGCACAGCCCUAGUUUUGGUGGUCAUCUUCACCCUCAGCGGAUUAUUCUCCUGCUGCUACCCCGCCGACGGCGAUCUUGCCUCCUUCCCUAAACCCUACUACAAGGAGAAAAAGAAGCAGAGCUUGCCAGUAAUAAUCAUGCCGGGGGACGAUGUUCCCAAGUUCAUAGCGGUGCCGUGUCCGUGUGAGCCGCCGCGGUCGGAUGAAAUCGCUGUCGAGAUGCGGCGGCCGCCACCUAAGCCACCGAUCGCGGUGUAUGAAUUGAGUUGUUCCACCAGUAGAAACAUGGUUACCUAAAACGGCGCGAUAUGUAGUGUAAUAUUUAUAUAGAGUUUAUUAAAUUUCAUUUUAUUGUCCAAUUAUUGCAAAAGUAGUAUAUAUAUAUAGAUUAUUAGGUUCUUAUAGCUGUUGACUUUAUUUAUCUGGAAAUAAUAUGAAUUUCAAUGUCACUAUGUAUUUGUCA